UCGGAGGUUUGAGGAUUAACGAUCAAUCGAGUUCACAUUUUGAGGAUAAGUGCGCGCCAAGCUCUCCAAAACGCGCCGCCUGGAGGAUGAGGGAGGCGCUUUAGUUCAGGUGCAGAAGCUGCCGCCUGUUGAUCACAGCUGGACUUCCUUUUAUUUCACAACCAGGGCGAAAGGAGCCAAAGCCAAGGGUUUCUUUUGCCACAGAAUAAACCGACACGUCUCAGCUUUAAACGAUGGCUCCAGAAAUAACAUGCCGGAUCUUCUCGGAGACGUCCUUCUCCGCCAUGCAGCACACCCCUAUGAGACCAGGAGAGGUCUGAGUCUCCACCAGACCCAACGGACCAAUCAUCUUCACACCAGUCUCAGAUGCAGAGCAGAGGCAACAUGCCUGUGGCCCGCAGAAAAGUGAGGAUGCUCUGUGUGAUGAUGAUGCUCAACAUCUUCGUCUGCGUUCUGAUGGGCGUGUCGUGGAAUCUCCGGCAUAACAAAAGUGACAGCCAGAAGAUUAAAAUCCCAUCCAAGAGAUUUUGGCACCAACAUGAACUGAGCAAAACUUUCUGGAACAAGGAGCAGCAGCGCUUGGACCUCCUUCAUAACCCCAUUGUCAACUCUUUCAUCUCCAGCGACUCUCUCGUUGAGCUGCCGGAUUGGUUGAAUGACACCGGGCCCCUCAACCCCUGUGAACAAGACUACAGAGUCCCCACACAAAUCUUGGACUACAACUCCCUGCCGCAGCGCUUCCAGGAUUUUCUUUUGUACAUGCGCUGCAGGACAUACCCCAUGCUCAUAAAUCAACUCCAUAUCUGUGAUGAGAAACCCUUCCUGCUGCUGGCGGUCAAGUCACUCAUCCCGCAUUUUGACCGGCGGCAGGCCAUUCGUGAAACGUGGGGACGGGCGGGCGUCAUAGCCAAUCAGACUGUGGUUACAGUGUUCUUGCUUGGCAACACCUUGGCGGUGGACCACUUCCCAGACCUUGUGGGGAUGCUGGGCCACGAGGCGGCGCUUCACAAAGACCUCCUCCAAUGGGACUACAGGGACACCUUCUUCAACCUCACCCUGAAGGAGGUCCUCUUCCUGGAGUGGUUCAGCCAAAACUGUCCCCACGCUAAGUACAUCCUCAAGGGUGAUGAUGAUGUCUUUGUCAACACCUUACGAGUAAUUGACCACCUGGAAGGCCUAUCAGAGGUCAAGGCCAAAGAUUUGUUCAUAGGUGACGUUAUCAGUAACGCCUAUCCACACAGAGACCGGAAACUCAAGUACUUUAUCCCAGAGAGUGUGUUUGAAGGGCAGUACCCGCCUUACGCAGGAGGCGGAGGGUAUCUGUUCUCUGGGGAGUUGGCACUACGCCUUUACAAUAUAUCUCAGCAAGUAGUCUUUUAUCCCAUUGACGAUGUUUAUACGGGGAUGUGUCUGAAAAAGCUGGGCCUGGUUCCUGAGGUGCACAGUGGCUUCAAGACUUUUGACAUUGAGGAGAAGAACAGGUACAACCCCUGCAUCCACAGGGGCUUGAUGCUGGUUCACAGCAGGACGCCACAGGAGAUGUUGACGAUCUGGCCGUGGAUUACACAGCCUGAGCUGGACUGCCAGUGAACACCUUCACUCAUCUUUGUUCAAUGUUUGCUUGCAAGUUUGACUGUAAAUCCUCAAGUCCGAACCUCAGAACCUCUGUGUUAGUAAAGUCAUCAAAAUUUUUGAGUCAACUUUAUUUGUUGUUUUCUUUUCCACAAGCUGUGUUAUGAAGUCAUUAUUGAGCCAUGGUCUCUUUUCUGUUGUUUGUUAAUAUCGGGGUUUUUUUGUUUUCGUAGAAAAAUUUAAAAUAUCUUAAAUCCUGAAUGCUUAACAGUUUGAUUUUACCUCGGUUCAAAAUUGGUUUUGUAACAACAAUUCAUUCAUAUAUUUCAUAUCCCUUAAUAUAAUGGAUUUUGAUGAAGGAUCACCCCUUGAGGAAGUAGAUCCGUUCAAAUAUCUAGGACUCUGUAUUGACACUUAUUGAUUAUGCUGAAAUUGUCUAUCGCAACACGUCUUGACAUUUUCUCUAUAGGGACAAAAGUACUGGGACCCCUACACAUUACUUAUAAGACAUCUCACUGUAAGUCACUAAUGUUGGACGAGAGGUCCUGGCUUGCAAUCUCCAUUCUAGUUCAUCCCAAAGGUGUGCGAUAGGGUUGAGGUCAGGGCUCUGUGCGGACCAGUGAAGUUCUUCCACACCAAACUGGAAAAACCAUUUCUUUAUGGAGCUGGCUUUGUGCAUGUGGGUGUUGUUUACAUUGAAACAGGAAAAGACCAAACACAAACUGUUGGAAGAACUGUUAUCUAGAAUUAAAGAUUUCCCUUAACAAAGACCACACCAUGAAAACAGCUCCCUCUCAAAAGUACUGGAACAGGGGUGUCCCAUUACUUUUGUCCACAGUGGAUCUUAGGCCUUAAUGUUUUCUCUGUAGAUUUGUUUUGGGUCCAUAUAGAACUCAAAUUUGUUUCAAGGGUUCAGUUCAUCUUCAAAUGUUAAUUUAAUUUAAUCGUCCUUCCUAUUUGAAACAGUUUUUGGUUUUACAUAGAUCUUCAUAUCCACUCGGACAUAUCCGACAUUCCUUAAUUCCCAGAACUUUCAAAGUGAAAGUCAGACGCAGGUCGUUCCAGCUCCAUCCAACUGGAAUAAUCUUUUUAGAGAUCUGCUACCUACCAUUCCUCUGCUUCAGGAGAUCUUUAUGUUCCCUUUUAAUUUUCAGUUUAUAUUAAAGACAAACCGCUUCAAAUACUUAAUAUCCAGCGGGAGGAAGCUUCAGCAUAGCAAUUAUAUUUUUCUACAGAAAAAUGACUACUGUGGUUCCUAAAUCUGCAGCAUUGCUUUCGCGUCCAUGAGCCAAAAGCACACAAACCAAGGGGAUACCCUCUGAUCUUUAAGUUACAGAACAAAAUGCCUUACUGACGACACACAUUUCCACAAACUCUUUUAACUAAAAUUUUUACAUUUGUACAGUAGUUCCAAAACGUGUUAAUUGUUUUUAACGUCCCAGCUGUGAUGUUGCUGCUGUUACCGGGCAUUCAACCUGUGUAUAUACGUAUAUUUGUAUAAUUGUUUGUGAGCGAUAAAAUGAGUUCACAUGCAAAAACAGAUUUUCAAGGGCAAACUUUUGAGUAAGGCUGAGUCAUGUCCUCUUUUCUGUCAUUUGUUAAUAUUGUAUUGGUUAUUACAAGUCUUUCUCAUUAGUAAAGAUAAAAAAAAUC